AUGCAGAUUAAAGCUAAUAUUGCACGGAUGAAGUAUCGAUCCAUGCAUGCCGAUUUGAAAGAGAAAUCUGUGCUUUAUGCAUCUUCUUUGAAGAGUUUGGAGGACGAAAUGAGGGAGCAAGAGAAUGAAGUUAAACGACUUCAGGGUGUGAAGGAGGAAGCUAUUACAUUGAAAGAUAAUAUGCUGGAAACGUUGAUAAAAGAAGAAAUUGAGGUGACGAAUUCUAGUAAAGAGCGCCAUGCUGUGCAUGAAGAAUACAGGCAACGCGUAUUGGAACGAAAAACGGAACUCGAACGGAUGGAAAAGAUGAUAUUCCAUUCGCGUCCGCGAGAUGAUUUCGACACACGUGGGAAAAGCCGUAUACAGUCGACAGAGGACAUUACCAAGGACGAGGUGACACGACUGGAAGAGGUGUUCGCCAAGCUUCGCAGCGCCACUGGAGCGACCAGGUCCGAGGACGUUCUGAACCGGUUUCUGGGUCAGCGGGCGACCAAGGAUAAUCUGCAGAAAAUGCGGGUGGCCACGGAGCACGAGAAAAUGGCCUUAGAAAAGCAGAGGCAAGAACUUAUCGCCGAGAUGGAGACCAGAAAGUUUUCGGAGAUGAAGAACGCGGAACAAAAUGCUGAAGAAAUGGAAAAAUUGAGUCGUCAAAUGAACGAGCAGAAAUCGCGCCAAUUGAAGGCGGACACGGAGGGACAACGAAUGGAAGAUCUGCUGCAGGCGGCUACGACGACGUUAUGGAAUGUCUGUAACAAAUUUCGAGAUGUGAUCGAGAAAUUGCCCGAAGAACCGAGUGCAAUUGAAGAUCCUUUGCAACUCGUCGAUCUGAUGAACGAAAAAACGAAAAGUAUUAUAGAUGCUUUGGGAGGACCGGAGAAGUAUAUGGAAGUGUUGGAUGAAAUAUUAGUUGAUAAGUUCGAAACGGUAUCAAUUGCAACGACUUCAGCAGAGGGGAAAACAGCACGUGCAAAUGGAGGACCGCUCUUUCCACGAUUUCCAUCCUCGACAACACCGGCGGCUGUGCCUUCUGAAGACGAGGAGGAUGUACCAACUAGAAACACUCUCAAGAAACAGGCACAACAGUUGGUCGACAUUAAAAGCCGCCGGAAAGGAUUUACUUUCAGAAAAUGA